AUGGUGGGGUUGAGGACAAAGUGCCCGGAUCUCUUAACUGACUAACACAUUUAGUCCCUCCUCAACUUUUGUUCCACCUUCAUCAUGGCCAACUCGGUUGCACGUGUUUCUUGUGCUCGGGACUUUAAUUGUUGUCCAGAUAUUAAUACUGUUCUUGAUAGCUCCUGCAAAUCGGGUUUUGACUUUCUGUGCAUCCCUGUUGUGAAUCCUCGCUACAAACGCGAAUUUGUUCGUGGACCCAGUAAAAAGCGAUCUGGCCCUUUAACAAGAUCAGACCUUGUACUCAGUAGCCAUGACUGGAGUAUGUUCAUUGGCUUAAAGAUUUCCCCUUGGCUGCAAAUUGAUUCGACUAAUGAAGAAAUACGUAGAAAUUCAGAACAGGCAUUUAAACAAGAACUUACAUGGGCAACGUAUUUGAGUGUACCUGUGAUGAUUAUAGAGCUUCAGAACAAUAAAGUAACUAAUAUGACCCGCAUUCUCAAUACACAUAUGAUCCAUUCUUACUGGCAGCAACAAUACUGGAUCCAAGUACCUCUCAUCGCUCCUGAAUUCCAAACAGAAAACCUUAUUGAAGGAAUAGAUGAAGAAAUUGACAGAGAUCACCGUGACUACAAUACCUGGUACUGGUGGCACACAUUCCGAACAUUAUGUGAACCAAACAAAAAACUGGGCAUUGUCUUAGAAUUAACUGCUGACCUACCAGAUGAUGAUGUGUUAGAACGAUGGUUAUCUGAGCCCAUCAAAGCUAUUUCUUUGUCAACUAGUUUAUUUUUAACUAAUAAAAAGGGAUACCCUGUUUUAUCCCGCGCUCAUCAGUCCUACCUUCGUAAACUAUUCAAGUUGGAUGUGCAAUUAAUAUUGACUGGUGCAAAUCGUCAUACAGACAAAGGAAUAACAUCAUAUGUCCAAUAUCUGGAUCAUCUGUGGCAGAACCGUCCCACGCCUGAUGCUCUCAGCCAGUUUGCCAAAGGAUAUGAAGAUUAUUUACAAUGCCCACUUCAACCGUUAAUGGACAAUCUGGAGUCACUGACUUAUGAGGUGUUUGAAAAAGAUCCAGUCAAAUAUACCCAAUAUAAAGAGGCCAUCUAUUUUGCCCUAUUAGACCGAGUAAAGGAAGAGGAAAAAGACAUGAAAACGGUUGUGAUUAUGGUGGUUGGCGCUGGACGGGGUCCACUAGUCAGAGCUGCAAUAACAGCAAGUAAAAAGGCAGACAGAAAUAUCAAAGUGUAUGCUGUGGAAAAAAAUCCCAAUGCUAUAGUCACACUAGAAAAUUACAAAGAUGAAAUGUGGGGAGAGCAAGUAGAAGUUGUAUUUCAAGACAUGAGAGAAUGGGAAGCUCCAGAGAAAGCAGAUAUACUUGUUAGCGAACUUUUGGGCUCAUUUGGUGACAAUGAGUUGUCACCUGAGUGUUUGGACGGCGCACAACGUUUUCUCAAAGAUGAUGGAAUCAGUAUCCCCAAAGAAUAUACCUCAUACCUGGCUCCUUUGCAAUCUGCUAAGCUGUAUAAUGAAGUCAGAUUAAGUAAAGACAAAGACAAAUCCCCAGAGGCCCCUUUUGAGAUGCCUUAUGUUGUACGGCUCCACAACUGUCAGAUUUUAUCUGAACCCAAGAAAGUUUUUCAUUUUAGGCACCCAAAUAGAGGUGAAGUGAUUGAUAAUUCUCGUUAUGUGAGCAUACAGUUUCAUAUUAAGUCUGAUGCCGUCUUACAUGGUUUUGCUGGAUAUUUUGAUUCUGUACUUUAUGGCAAUGUAACUUUAAGUAUUCUCCCCUCAACACAUUCUGCAGGAAUGUUUAGUUGGUUUCCUAUACUCUUCCCCAUAAAGGUAUUGCUGAUUCACUUUUUUAUAUAA